UUGGAUUUAUGUCCCGAGUUGCACUACAAGCAGAAAAGAUGAAUCACCACCCUGAAUGGUUCAAUGUGUAUAACAAGGUCCAGAUAACUCUUACUUCACAUGACUGUGGUGGACUGACCAAGAGAGAUGUAAAGCUGGCUCAAUUUAUUGAUAAAGCUGCUGCUUCUGUUUAACAUCUUGCAAACCACAUGCACAUAAUACCAAAAUCUUGACUACAAAAUAUGUUGAAGACA